CGAUAGGUAUAAAAUGCCACCGCUCACCAAAACGCGAACCAUUGGGUAACACAGAACUUCUUGAGACAUUUGUCUUGCGACUCAUCUCGAGGUUGAAACAUCUCCAACACCUGAAGAAUGGCUUUCCUUCAGUACCUGAUCGCGGCUGUCCUGGUGGCCGGCUCCCAGGCGAACUCUCUGGUUGACCGGCAGACCGGUUGCCAGACCUUCUGCCCGUUCAUGUUUAUGCCUGUGUGCGGGUCUGACGGACAGACUUACAGCAACGACUGUCAUCUGAACGUGCAUGCCUGCGAGCUCGCCGCGCAGCUCUCCAACGAGGCGGACUACCAGCCCCUGACUCUGGCCCACCAGGGCAUGUGCAGCAAGAAGCGGCAGGUCGGCGGCUGCCAGACCUUCUGCCCGUUCAACUUCAUGCCCGUGUGUGGGUCUAACGGACAGACCUUCAGCAACGAGUGUCACCUGAACGUGCAGGCAUGUCUGCAGGCCGAGCAGUUCUCCAACGAGGCCGACUAUCAGCCCCUGACUCUGGCCCACCAGGGCAUGUGCAGCAAGAAGCGCCAGGUCGGAGAGAACAACGGCGCCCACAACUGCCCCACUUUCUGCACCUUCCAGUUCGACCCGGUCUGCGGCAGCGACGGACAGACCUACAGCAACUCCUGCCACCUCAGCAGCGCCGCUUGCCUGUCUUCGUACAGCAACCCCGACGCCAAGCCCAUCACCCUCGUUUCCCACGGCAUGUGCUCCUAGAGGGACGAAUCCCAACGGUGUCAUACCAGCCAGACCCGCAAGAUGGCGUCGCUGACACGUCUCCUAUUACUCAAGACACCAAUGCUUAUUGAUUAAAGCCUUCUUGAUUUCUUCUCAAAGUAAAGAAAUGUGCAAUAAAAGUCAACAAUGAG